UAUUAUACAACACCUAUCCUUGAUGGGUAACUAAUCAGACAAAAAUCAUUGUAAGGUAACCGAAACAAAUAAUGAAUGUUGACAUGUAGAGGAAAAAAACUUAACAUAAAAGAUGAUAUGGUUGUGGUUUUAUGGGGUUGCCACAGCUUGUCUGUUGAUUGCCGUUGCUCCAUCCUCUACAAACCAACAGUCUGAUCUGGCGACUGCAGGGCUCACAGUUAUAACAGCGUCCACUGCCUUUGCUUCUUUGGGAUAUAUUGGUGUCUGUCUGGUGGAAUUUUUUGUGGAAACUGGGAGGGCACGAGAAUCAGGAUUAGAAGAUGGCAAGAAGGAAGGAAAAACCGAUGGAGGAAACAUGGGACAAGCAGAGGGAAUUCAGGAAGCCGAGAAAGAAUGCACAAAAAUAAUUUCUGAUAGAAAUGCUGAAAUAAAAGUAAAAUGUGAACUAGAAGCUACAGAAGUUAGAGAUGCUGUUAUGCAAGAGGCACUGGCUGACCUCCAGAGCGAGAUUGAUGUCAAUGUGGGGGGAUUUCAGGUGAAUUUGGCAAACACCUUUGCUGCCUGUACAGUGAGAUCACCAUGUACUUCGGAUGCAGAUGCUGAAUGCAUAAGUCAAAAUGUUGCUGGGACUGUUUUAUGUAUUCCCAAAAAAUUGGUGGAGUAAAUAUUACACAGUUA